AUGUUUGGUGGGACAGAUCGUUCCCAUCUCUCACUGCCGUUGAAAAGUAUUGUUGCGAGAGAUGACAGUGAUGUACCGGAAGGUACAAGUUCCAAGCCGACGCAGCAGAAACUUAUGAAGAGUUUAAGCACUCCAGCAGAUUACUUCACUCUUUCACCGGACAUAGAGUUUCUUCCAUCGUCUUCUAACUCGUUAAAGGAAUCUGGAACUUAUCGACCUUUAAGUCAUUCACAAAGUAUUCGAGACACGAUAUCAAACGGAACAGCGAAGUUUUUCGGAGUUCCAUUGUUAGGAAAUUGUCAUUCGCCAGAAGGUGUACCUGUCGAUCAGAAAUGGAACUGCCGCCGGCUACGAUUUAUCUGUAAACAUUAUGGGCAUCCUAAAGAUGAUGUAUUAACUAGAGAAUUAGGACCACAAAUUCUAGAUGACCUGAGUGAUGCUCCAUUACCAUCAAAGAGUGUUACACCGCAAGGCGAAAUACAUGAGGCUGUAUGCAUACCAUCUGCAGCUAGUACAGAUGAAACAUUUUCCAGAAGCAAAUCGGUAGAGAGCCGUGGAAGCCGGUUUACUCAGCAACAUUUGGAACGACGUGACAGUGUUAUGAAAAUAGUUUUCGACAGGAUUUCUUCGAUGGUGCAAAGGGGAACGUUAAGACCAAGAAAAGCUUGUGCUACGGUGAAACGUGGUCGAUCAGUAUCUAGCAGUUUUGCACGAUUUUCAGCUCAGCAGACUGGGAAAAUUACCAGUAUCAGAAUUGGACCACAGAUGGCGGAUACCUUUGUUGCAAAAGGCGUGUCUAUAACCCGGGAAGUUGACUUUGAAAGUCAUAAGUUGGUGAAUACAACGAAUAAACCUAGAAAGCUGGAUGAAAAAGAAGUUGAAAUUUCUUCACUUGAGAAAAAUCGGCCAGAAAUUCAUUUUCUGUCAGAGAUAGAAGCCUCUGCACGUGACGCACUUCCUACGAAAGUUAUUGGUCAGAUACAACCUGUAUUGCCUUCACAGUUAACAAAAUAUAAUACACUUGUAAUUCCUGUGAGAUCACAAGUUGAAGAACAAACUGUUGUUGAACAUGAAGUAGUGAAAGAAAAGGGUUCUGCACCAUUAUCAAGUAUAGAGUCUAUACAGGAUGAAGUAUUUUUUGAUUAUACUUCACCUUCAGUUUUGUCCAAUAUUUCCGAUACUGAUCGAGAAGUGCAAACAAAUUCAUUGCAAAUGCAUCAUUGCCAAGGAUUGCCUGAUGAGAGAAUUCCAAUUAUAACAAUAUAUAAAAAGUUUUGUUCUGAAGACGAUCUGGUGGAAGACGAUGUGGGAAAUGUACGUGAUGGAACACGCAAAAUUGAUGGACCUCCAUUGGAGGAAAUGCAGGUACAAUGUUCGAAAGAGCAAGUGCGGCAUCGUGUCAGACAUUUGGAACAGAAAUGCCUUGAUAACACUAUGGUAACAUCUAGUGAUUUCGAACAUAAGUCAGCAGCAUUUGCAUCCUUGUGCAGUGCUUUUUCAAGCCCAAAAGAAUGGUUGCAAAAUAUUCAAGCUGUUGAUGAGAAAAAGACUAAAGGAACUGUAGAAACAUUCAGAAAUGUGCGAAAAAAAUUGUUGUUGGAUGCGAUACACAAUGAGCUGAAAUCGAGGAAGUAUUGCAUUUCGCAUCACCGUCGUUUUGGGGGUGGUUUUGGAAUAUGGCGAAAAUAUUUUCAACGAAGCUAUAGGAGGGAUGUUUAUCAGUUGAAUGACGAUACCUACAUUGACUGCAGGCCUUUCUUUACUUAUUGGAUUACGACAGUUCAAAUACUCGUUACUGUGAUCAGUUUGUAUACGUAUGGAAUUGGUCCUUGGGGGUUCGGUCUUAUGGAAAGGACAGCUGAUGUAUUGCACACCACUGUUACAUUGAAAAGGGUCGGUAUUUAUGUGCAGCAGAAUAUUUGGCUUGGACCGAAAUUUGCUGAUUUGAUACAUCUGGGUGCUAAAUUUACACCUUGUAUGCGUAAGGAUUCAAGAAUUUUUGAGCAAAUUGAAGCCGAUCAUAAGAAAGAAAAUGAAACCGGCUGUUGUAUUUACAAUGAUGGUACUGGAUGUUUUCAAACUGGACAGACUACUUGCCCAUCAUUGAUAGCAACACUAGUAAGAUGGAAGAAGGAUAGUCCGGGUCCAGAAGGCCGUGUAUCGGGCGCUGUUUGUGGUCAAGACCCGAGAUAUUGCGAGAAUCCAGUUUCCGUGAAGCCGUACGAAUGGCCGGAUGAUAUGACGCAGUGGCCUAUAUGCAAACAGAUAACGCUUUUUGUACCUGAGAAUGUUAUGCACAUGCAGUGUGAAAUUACUGGCCGCCCUUGUUGCAUACAAUUGCAUGGACAAUGUCGCAUAACUACUAGGGAUUAUUGCGAUUUUGUGGAAGGAUAUUUUCAUGAAAAUGCAACACUUUGUUCUCAGGUGUCGUGUUUGAGUGAAGUAUGCGGGAUGCUCCCAUUUUUGCGAAAAAAUCAGCCAGACCAGUGGUAUCGCCUGUUUAUACCACUUUUCCUACAUGCGGGGAUAAUUCAUUGUAUUUUAACUGUUUUUAUUCAAAUUCUAUACAUGAGAGAUUUGGAGAAAUUGCUUGGAUGGACGCGCAUAGCACUUCUUUAUAUGGUGUCUGGCAUAGGUGGAUACUUGGCCGGUGCAGUUUUUGUUCCUUAUAAGCCGGAAGUUGGUCCAGCGGGAUCACAUGUUGGGAUGUUUGCCACGAUGUAUGUCGAUGUGAUUUAUAGCUGGAAUCUCCUGGAAAGACCUUGGCAGGCAGUUAUGCAAUUGAUCUUGUUUACUCUAGCUCUUUUCGCUCUUGGAACAUUACCAUGGGUUGAUAAUUGGGCACAUUUGUUCGGCUUCGUCUUCGGAAUUUUGAUAUCUUUAGCUGUACUUCCAUAUAUUCAAACAAAGCGUCGUAAUCGCACCCGACGACUAGUAAUUGUGGUCACAUCACUUUCCACUGCACUUGGUUUAUUCGUCGUUUUGUUGAGUAUGUUCUAUUGGCCGACUGAUUUUAGUUGCGUGUAUUGCGAGUAUUUCAACUGUAUACCCUAUACCGACCAUUUCUGUGAUAACCAAGGAUUAAGAUUAAAGAACUGGUUACCAAUAUGA